CAGUCACACACAUGCAUAACCCUCGGUACUUUUGAUGCGAACACCAGUUGUUCACAUAAUUCGAUAAACUCUAUUCGAAUCCAAACGGAAUCCUUUCGACCUCCCAUAUUAUUGCAAGUGCAUCAUAAACAAGCAAGCCUGCAAUCAAUCCAUCAAGAGGGGUAAGUUACAAUGAAGAGCAUUACAGGCACGGAGCGGUUCGCUACGCAUACCAAUACCUCUGGUACUUCUGCGCUCACUGUAGACGAAGAGGAAGGCUCCAUCUCUCUCGGCGGAAGCAACCACCACGAACACACCGACGCAGAACCAAACGAUCACCACCAUCCAUUUUUUGACUCCUUUGUCAGCGUUGGGCCGAACACGAGCAAUCUCGAUGACGGGCACAAGCAUACUUACAACAGCAGGGACGAGAGCAUCUGUAUCGACGACGUUGUUUCCUUUGCUGGUUCCUCUCAAGCUACAGGAACCUUUCAUACCAACAGCAAGCGGGGGCAGAGCACAAAGUCCAUUCAGAGCAGCAGCAAGGGCUAUUGUACCUAUGGUGACGAUAAUACCAUUUGCGGUAACAGCAAAAGCAAUAGCAACAGCCAAAACAAAAACCAGAACUACAAGCACCUGACACAGAACGCACCGAUCAAGCGGUUUCUCAAGUACUUAAUUGCAGGCCUAUUGGUGUUAUCUGCAAUCUUGGUCCUAGUAUCGUUUGUGACGGGAAAUGUCUUUUAUUCCAUGGCGAUCCUUCCGUUGAUUGGGGUUCUUGGGCUUGUUUUUUGGAAUUAUGAGACCAAGGUGAGGAAUACCGAGAAACUGCUGAUCGACAAGAUCCAUCGCUCUGAAGCUAUCGUCGACAACCUCUUUCCAGAGAUUGUUCGCGAUCGCAUCAUGGAAGAGGGAAACCUGAUGACUGGGAGCGCCAAUCCAGCCUCGAAAGCGAACGUGGUGCCAGCUUUUGCUUGUUCCAAGGAAAGGAUGGGUUGUACGGUUGAAGCCGACAACGAAGGUGGCGAUAGCCAAUUCAUUGAGCAUUCCAAUUCGAAGCUUGUGCCAUUGCCACCCUUGCGAAAGACUUCUCCGUCGCCACAACCACCGAGGCGCAUUCCAUCCAUCGCAUCGACCGCUUCCUUCUCAACGUUCUUGACCGACAAGAGUAGCCACGGCGAUUGCCAUUCCUUCAUGGAAAGUGGCAGUAAUCACAACCACCGCCGGUACAGCCUUUCCAAGCAACACAGUAGCAAUAGCGACGGAAGUAAUAACAGCAACAGCCAUUGUAAUUUUUCUGGCAUCCAAGCGGGAACGAAUCCAGGUUCGAUUCAUUCCAAUUUGGUGGUGUCUUCGCCCCAGACAGCAGCAGCAAUUUCGCCUUUGUCAAUCUCGUCCUACGGUUCCAAACCCAUCGCGGACUACUUUCCGAGUGCUACCAUUUUGUUUGCCGACAUUGUGGGAUUUACCAGCUGGGCGAGUAUUCGCGAUCCGGCACAAGGUAGGCACAGCACACCAAAUCGCAUGCAUUUUUCUUACGCGUGAGAAUCGUGCAGCCAUGGUUUGAUAGCUUGUUGCUUGCUUUUGUCGAAUAUUGCUAACACGAUUCUUCUAUUACUUUGCUUGAUUGUCUUUUGUGAUCGCUAUAUGUGACCAUCGAAUACAAUGCAAAUCAAUUCCAAACAACUUCCCUCUCACACAACGGAUAUGCCAGUUUUCGAAUUGCUCKAGACAGUGUACGGCCGAUUCGACGAGAUUGCCAAAAAGAAGGGUGUCUUCAAGGUUGAAACCAUCGGGGACUGUUACGUUGCCGCUACCGGACUCCCCAAUGCUAUGGAGGACCAUGCGGUGGUCAUGGCCAGUUUCGCCCGCCGGUGCCUCGAAAGCAUGCUGGAUUUCGUCAGCUCUCCAACGACCAAUCUUGGACCGGGGACGGAAGACCUGGGAAUGCGCUUUGGGAUACACUCGGGCAGCGUCAUUGGGGGCGUGCUGAGGGGUGCCAAGUCGCGAUACCAGCUCUUUGGCGACACAAUCAACACGGCCAGCCGCAUCGAGUCAUCAUCAGAGAAGAACAAGAUCCAUCUGUCAGAGCAAACCGCCGACCUCAUAGUUGCGGCUGGGAAGAGACCGUGGAUCAUACCAAGAGAGGAGAAAAUUGUUGCCAAGGUAGGAUCCAAGAAACGGGCUGUUUUGUAUCUUUUUCCUAUCUUUUGCGCUCCCUAGGCUACUAGAGCCAACCGUUACAAUACAUCCAUUUAUCUCAAUCAUGGUGUUCAUUUCCUUCUUUUUCCUCUUCUUCGAUUCCUGUACAAAGGGAAAAGGCGAGCUCCAGACAUACUGGCUCACAACCGAGGGACCCAAGAAUCUCAGCGCUAAGGAAAAGCUGGCCCUGCCGGCAAUUCUGAAAAUGAUGGCCAAAGCCAACAUCGAUCCGGGGUUUAUCAAAAAGAAAAAGGCCAUCGAUCCAAUCCAAAAAAGAAAACGUUUGGUGRACUACCACACCAAUAUCCUAGCAGGUUUGAUGAAAAAACUGACAUCGAUGCGACACAAUAGUAAUAGGAAGAGCAACGCUGCCCUGCUCGAGGGUGAAGAGCAAAUCGCUCUCGACGAAGACGAACAAUUUGGAAGCAUCGAUCCUUUUCUUUCUGGAGAAACUAUGAAUGAGAUUAUCAUCUUUCCAACCGAACACGUAUCGUUUGCCUCGCAGGGCAGUCGUGGCAAGAGAAAUGUUGAUAGGCUGUCUGAUGCCGAUUCCCACAUCGUGGACCAGCUCCGUGAGCUGGUGUCGAGAGUAGCCAACUUUUAUCGAGAAGAUCGACCCUUUCACUCGUUCCAGCAUACCAGCCAUUCCGUUCUCUCCAUGACGAAGCUUUUUGCAGCAAUUGACACCAAUACCACCAAACCCAAGGACGAUGUGACCCGAGCACAACAUGAGCCAUUCGAAGUACUGGCAAAGACAAAAUCCAUGCUCACCCAUCCUAUGACGCAAUUUGUGCUGGUCUUUGUAACUCUCGUCUACGAUGGCGAUGACGACGACGAUGAUGCCGACGGCGAGCAGGACACCAAGGAAGAGAAACUCACUCCCGGGCAAAAGAGUAUACAGCGCGUCUGGAAUCUCUGGAUGGACCCGGCCUUUCGAGAUCUUCGCCUGUGUCUCUGCAAGAGUCAACAGGAUCUUGACUUUUUCCGCCGUCUCUUGGCCAAAAGCAUGUCGGCAAUGAGAAAAAGAACGUCUUCUGCUGUCACUGAUAACGAUGCUGAAACGGAGUUGCCCUCCAACACAAACAUGUCGUGUUCCCACUACGAUGAGGAGGCUAGCAAGAAAACAAUGGUCAUCAUCGUACAGCUGCUUGAGGCGUCGAGAAUCUCUCAUUCUUUGCAGCACUUUUAUGUCUUCAAAAAAUGGARCAAGCUGUUGUUCAAGGAGCUCUAUAUCGCUUACAAGAGGACGGCUGAUGCGGGAGAGGAAAAUAAGGAUCCAUCACUGGAUUGGUACGAGAMGGAACUGGAGUUGUUUGAAGGCCGCAUACUUCUGGCCAAGAAGCUCAAGGAGUCGGGAGUUUUGAACAAAACGAUUGAUGUCUAUUUGAACGCUGUCGUUGCCAAUAAACGUGAAUGGAAACAAAAAGGGCAAUCGAUCCUUCAGGACUAUAUCUCUGAUCGUGGAUGAGUCGGCGAGUCAGUUGGCAAUUGAAUGGAUCAAUCGAUCAUCGACCGAUCAUCGACCAUUGAAUCUUUUACCACAUACACACGGCAGCCGCUCGAUGCCCAAUAGACACAUCAGGAAAUC